UCCACGCCGCCCGCGAUCGCCGCCGCCGCCGCCGCCAGCGGGGGAGAUGGCGGACCGGCUGACGCGGAUCGCGAUCGUCAACGAAGACCGCUGCAAGCCCAAGAAGUGCCGCCAGGAGUGCAAGAAGAGCUGCCCCGUCGUCAAGACCGGGAAGUUGUGCAUUGAAGUUGGUCCGGCGUCCAAGGUUUCCUUCAUCUCUGAAGAGCUGUGCAUUGGUUGUGGUAUUUGUGUCAAGAAAUGCCCAUUUGAUGCCAUCGAGAUCAUCAACCUCCCAAAAGAUCUGGAAAAGGAUACCACCCAUCGCUAUGGGCCAAAUACAUUCAAAUUGCACAGGCUGCCUGUACCAAGGCCUGGUCAAGUUUUGGGACUUGUUGGAACCAAUGGAAUUGGAAAGUCCACAGCGCUUAAAGUCUUAGCUGGCAAGCUGAAACCAAAUUUGGGACGAUUCAAAAAUCCACCUGAUUGGCAGGAGAUCCUUACAUACUUCCGUGGCUCUGAACUUCAGAAUUAUUUUACACGUUUAUUGGAGGAUAACCUGAAGGCAAUCAUUAAGCCUCAGUAUGUUGACCACAUUCCAAAAGCUGUCCAUGGAAAUGUCGGGCAAGUACUUGAGCUGAAAGAUGAGAGGGAUAUGAAAGCUGAGCUGUGCGUUGACCUUGAAUUGAACCAAGUUAUUGACCGAAAUGUGGGAGAUCUUUCUGGCGGUGAGCUCCAGAGAUUUGCAAUAGCAGUUGUUGCUGUGCAAAGUGCAGAAAUUUACAUGUUUGAUGAACCAUCAAGUUAUCUUGAUGUUAAGCAGAGACUGAAGGCUGCACAAGUCAUUAGGUCCUUGCUGAGAUCGAACAGCUACGUCAUUGUUGUGGAACAUGACUUGAGCGUCUUAGAUUACUUGUCCGACUUCAUUUGCUGCUUAUAUGGAAAGCCAGGAGCUUAUGGUGUAGUUACACUGCCAUUUUCAGUCCGAGAAGGUAUCAAUAUUUUCCUGGCUGGAUUUGUUCCAACUGAAAAUCUUCGGUUCCGAGAUGAAUCUCUUACAUUUAAGAUUGUGGAUACACAAGACAACGCGGAGGAGAUUGAAACAUACCAACGAUACAAGUACCCUACCAUGAGCAAAACCCUAGCAGACUUCAAGCUCACUGUCAUGGAAGGUGAAUUCACUGAUUCUCAGAUUGUUGUGAUGCUUGGUGAGAACGGGACAGGGAAAACUACAUUCAUCAGAAUGCUGGCUGGGCACUUGAAGCCAGAUACAGUGGAUGGAGUUGAGAUCGAAAUUCCUGAAUUUAAUGUGUCCUACAAGCCCCAAAAGAUUAGCCCAAAAUUCCCGGGCUCAGUGAGGCAACUGCUUCAUAAGAAAAUACGCGAUUCAUAUACUCAUCCUCAGUUUAUAUCCGAUGUAAUGAAGCCACUACAAAUUGAGCAGCUCAUGGAUCAGGAGGUGCUGAAUUUAUCAGGUGGAGAACUCCAAAGGGUGGCUCUAUGUCUUUGCCUUGGACAGCCUGCAGAAAUCUACCUUAUUGAUGAGCCGAGUGCGUACCUCGAUUCGGAGCAGCGCAUUGUCGCCUCGAAGGUGAUCAAGAGGUUCAUCCUCCAUGCCAAGAAGACGGCGUUCAUCGUCGAGCACGACUUCAUCAUGGCAGCCUACCUUGCGGACAAGGUGGUGGUCUACGAAGGGCGCCCCUCCGUCGAGUGCACUGCCUGCACGCCGCAAUCCCUGGUGUCUGGGAUGAACAGGUUCCUAUCGCACCUUGACAUCACGUUUCGGAGGGACCCGACCAACUACAGGCCUCGGAUCAACAAGAUGGACUCAACCAAGGACCGGGAGCAGAAGGCCGCGGGGUCCUACUACUACCUCGAUGACUGACUGAUUGGCACACCGCCCCUCCCGAGAGAAUUCAGUUUGACUGAUCUUGUUUUUAGGUGAAUUGAAUUAUGCUCGGAUAGACAGACAGACAGACCUGGGUUUGUCCCCGUUUUUGUCCUGGGUUUUAUACUGACGUUGGAGAGAUUUGGCAGAUGAGACAGCAAACUGCACCUGCUCUGUCCCAGGUCAAAAGCAACUCUGUUAUCUUGGUUACUUAAUUAGCAGCUACUAAUUGAAUUAGCAUACAUGCAAAGCCAGACCUGAUCUGAAUCUGAUGGUUAUGUUUCUGCUC